AACGCGAGCAUGUGGAUAAACCCCAUAAACCCCCAAAUCCCAAAAUGAACCGCAGAAGCUAGCAAUGGAACUCUCCAUUACGCACACUCCCAAUCCUCUUCACUGUUUCUCAUCACCACAACUCUUUCCAAACCCCAACGUUUUCACGCUAAGCGCACCGCGUCCCCGCAGAAAGCUUCGGUUCCGAGUUUCGGCCACCGCGGAGCCCGAUGGGGCGUCGUGGUCGCAGUCGCUGCGGCGUGGGUCGCAGCGGUUCUGGAUCAACUUUGGGGAAAUGGUGAAGAAAGAGACGGGUCUUGACUUCCAGAACAGCAGCGUGAAGAACGUAGGCGAGGUUAUGAGCGGAGAUGAAUUGCGAAGGUUUGGGACUCAGUGGGUGUCUAAGUUUGUCGAUUGGAACCGGUGGGAACGCUGGAAGAACAUCAAAGACUGGGAACCUUUGCGAAUUGGCACAUUUGUUCUUUAUAUUUUUGUUGUCACAUUUGCUUGUAGAGGAGCAUAUGUUGCUGUUAAAACACCUUUCCUAAAUCGGCAGAAAAAAGAAUUAGCAGAAGCUUACAUGGAAGUGUUAAUUCCUGAACCAUCCCCUACUAACAUCAGAAGAUUUAAGAAGGGUAUGUGGAAGAGGACCAUGCCAAAAGGCCUAAAAAUGAAAAAGCUUAUUGAAAGACCUGAUGGAACACUUGUUCAUGAUACUUCUUAUGUUGGAGAGGAUGCAUGGGAGGAUGAUCAAGAGGAGCGUGUAAAACAAAUUAUAGAGGAUGAUGAAAGGUUAAACAAAGAAGAGAAGAAGGAACUCACAAAAGGCUUGGGCAUUUCAGGUGAGGUUCAAUUUGAGGGUACAUGGCGUGAAAGACUUCAUAAAUGGAGAGACAUCCUUAGAAAGGAACGUUUUGCCGAACAAUUAGAUUCCUUAAAUGCCAAAUAUGUAGUUGAAUUUGACAUGAAAGAGGUUGAACAGAGUCUUCGGAAGGAUGUAGCAGAGAAGGUGACACCCACUCAGGAUACUAGGGCUCUAUGGAUAGCUAAGAGGUGGUGGCGCUAUCGGCCUAAACUUCCUUAUACUUAUUUCCUCAACAAGCUUGAUAAUUCUGAGGUAGCAGCUGUUGUCUUUACUGAAGAUUUGAAAAAAUUGUAUGUGACAAUGAAAGAAGGUUUUCCAUUGGAAUUUGUCGUUGAUAUCCCUCUCGAUCCUCAUCUGUUUGAGAUUAUUACGAGUUCUGGAGCUGAAGUAGAUCUCCUUCAGAAGCGACAGAUCCAUUAUUUCAUGAAGGUUGUGAUUGCUUUAGUACCUGGAAUACUGAUUCUCUGGCUUAUAAGGGAGUCUGUGAUGCUUCUACAUAUUACUUCCAAGAGGUUUCUUUACAAAAAGUAUAAUCAACUCAUUGAUAUGGCCCGAGCAGAAAAUUUCAUUAUGCCAGUUGGAGACGUUGGUGAAACAAAGUCAAUGUACAAGGAAGUUGUGUUGGGGGGUGACGUUUGGGAUCUUCUUGAUGAAUUAAUGAUCUAUAUGGGAAAUCCUAUGCAGUUCUAUGAAAGGGGUGUGCAGUUUGUUCGGGGUGUUCUACUUUCUGGACCUCCAGGAACUGGAAAAACAUUGUUUGCCAGGACACUUGCAAAAGAAAGUGGAUUACCUUUUGUAUUUGCUUCAGGUGCUGAGUUCACUGAUAGUGAAAGAAGUGGUGCAUCUAGGAUAAAUGAGAUGUUUUCCAUUGCUAGGAGAAAUGCACCUUGUUUUGUAUUUGUAGAUGAAAUAGAUGCUAUUGCUGGAAGACAUGCUAGGAAGGAUCCUCGGAGAAGGGCAACUUUUGAGGCUCUUAUUGCGCAGCUUGAUGGGGAGAAGGAAAAAACUGGAGUUGACCGUGUAUCUCUCAGACAAGCUAUCAUAUUCAUCUGUGCUACAAAUAGGCCAGAUGAAUUAGAUCCCGAGUUUGUUCGUCCUGGUCGUAUUGAUCGUCGACUGUACAUUGGUUUGCCUGAUGCAAAGCAGAGAAUCCAGAUUUUUGGUGUGCACAGUUCUGGAAAGCAAUUGUCCGAGGAUGUGAAUUUUGAUGAGCUUGUCUUCCGUACUGUUGGAUUCUCUGGAGCAGAUAUAAGAAACCUUGUUAAUGAAUCAGCAAUAAUGUCGGUGAGAAAAGGGCAUUCCAAAAUUUUCCAGCAAGAUAUUAUUGAUGUAUUGGAUAAACAACUGCUUGAGGGUAUGGGUGUCCUUCUGACAGAGGAAGAGCAACAAAAAUGUGAACAAAGGGUAUCUCUGGAAAAGAGGAGAUUGCUUGCUGUUCAUGAAGCUGGGCAUGUGGUGCUUGCUCACUUAUUUCCUAGGUUUGAUUGGCAUGCAUUUUCACAGCUCCUGCCUGGGGGCAAGGAAACUGCAAUAUCUGUAUUCUAUCCUCGAGAAGAUAUGGUAGACCAAGGUUAUACAACAUUUGGUUACAUGAUGAUGCAAAUGGUAGUGGCUCAUGGUGGUCGAUGUGCUGAACGUAUUGUAUUUGGUGAUGAUAUAAGUGAUGGAGGAAGCGAUGAUCUUGAAAAGAUAACAAAGAUUGCUAGGGAGAUGGUUAUCAGCCCUCAAAAUAAGAAGUUGGGGUUAAUCGGUUUAACAAAAAGGGUUGGUUUAAUUGAUCGACCAGACAGCCCAGAUGGAGAGUUGAUAAGAUAUAGAUGGGAUGACCCUCAUGUAAUUCCUGCUGACAUGACGCUAGAGGUGUCUGAGCUUUUUACAAGGGAGUUGACUAGGUACAUUGAAGAAACUGAAGAACUUGCAAUGAAUGCUUUAAGGAAUAAUAGGCACAUUUUGGACUUGAUUGCAAAGGAACUACUGGAGAGGUCAAGGGUAACUGGAUUGGAAGUUGAAGAAAAAUUGAAGGAACAUUCUCCCGUAAUGUUUGAGGACUUUGCAAAGCCAUUCCAAAUAAACCCAGACGAGGAGGGACCAUUACCGCAUAAUGAUAGAAUACGAUAUCACUUACCCGACUUAUAUCCUGCCCCUCUCCAUAGAUGUUGACACACUCAGAUGUUCCUGUUACAACCUCAGUCGCCACAGUUAUAAUUGGUGACAGAAAUGAGUUUGAUGCGGUAACUUCUUUAGAGAAAGUCAACCGCAUGCUACUCAUUCAUUGGACAAGAAGGGAAUCAGGAAGAACUCAGUGAAGUAAUGAAUUCUUUAUGACGCUACUCUUGCUCUUCCAUCGGUCGCUGAUACAUCUAAUUUAGUGAAUUCUUUAUGAUGGUAAGCCUUGGACACUUUUUUCCCACAAAAGUUAGUUAGGGUAGGGUAUAUGUUCACUGUCACACUGCUGAAAUUCUUUUUUCAGUUUUUUUGUUUGGAUGAGAAUGAAGAUUUUAGCUCUCAAAAUUUGAAGCUGAAUUCUGUACGCUUGUGAGUAUGAUGCUGACUGAUGAUUAGUGAAAUCUAAGCAUGGACAGGAUAUAACAUUUCACACAAAAGAUAUUGUUCUGAUGAUUAGUGAGAUUGUAGUUUUAAAUUCUUACA